UGUGUAACCCAACUCCGAAACUGGAUGUACUUCGCGAAGUAAUUUACAGUAAUUGCCACACGCGUCAGCUACGUUACGGAAAAAAUACGGUACUCGCACGAUUGGUUUAUGGUUAGGCAUACAUAUAUACGUAUAUAUACGUAUAUAUACGUGUGUGUGCGUGUGUGUGUAUAUAUGUGUACAUAACACGCGGGUCGAGUUCGAAGAAGAUUUCUACGACGUUUCCGGCGGUCCCGCGCGAAUGAUCUCGCGCCUCUGAUACCGCGGGAACACGCUCGGGAAAUACGACGAAGAUGGACGUAUCGCACUUUGAGAUACUUCCAGGUAGCUUUCUACGAUAGCGUAACGUGACGAAAGAUUGCUCUCUCUAAGAUUACCGGUCUCUUCCGGUGAAAAGUGUUCAACGUCAAGACGACUCGUGAGUUGUCGCUUCGAAAAUGUCCGUGACCUUUGCACAACGCGGCAGACCACCUCCAAAUCCUGCCCAGAUACAGAAGAUGCUUGAUGAGAAUAGCCAGCUUAUUCAGAUGAUUCAGGAGUAUCAGAACAAGGGCAAGGCACAGGAAUGUAUGCAAUAUCAACAAAUGUUGCACCGCAACUUGGUAUAUCUAGCAUCUAUCGCAGAUGUAAACCAGAAUCUACAAACUUUAUUACCUCUACCUCAAGGUAUCUCCAAUGGUCCUCAGCAUGGUAUGAUGAAUCCACAAGGGCUUCCAAGUGGUCCAGGUGGCGCGACUGGUCCUGGGGGAGAAAUGCCGCCAAAUACACAACCAACAAUGCCAAUGACGACGUUUAAUCAAGGUCAGCCAAUGGCUCAAGGGUAUCGUGGGCCUGUGAUGCCUGGCCAAGGACCUGCUAUAAAUAGGCCUCCAACCGCACCAGGUCCGCAACAGUAUAGAGGUCCACAAGGUUAUCCUCAGCAACCUUCUCAGCAAGGUUAUCCUGCUCAAUACACUGGUCAAAAUCCUGGCUCAAACUACCAAGGCCCACAAGGAUCCGCAUAUACUCCUGGUCAACCAAACCAAUAUGGACCGCCAAACGCCUCUCAGCAGCAAGGAUAUAGUGCAGCAACGCAGCCAAACUAUGGUCCUCCAACUACAGUGAACAGUUAUGGUCCACAACCAGGUGGUUAUCCGCCACCGGGCUCAGCUCAGCCGCCUUCCGGAUAUGGACCACCACCGCCAAAUCAGCAAGGCUAUCCACCUUCAAACGCCUCACAGCAAAAUUUCUCAUCAGGUAGUCAACAACAACAACCAGGACAAUAUGGCAGUCCUAGUCCACAACCAAAUUAUCAGCAGCCUCCGUCCCAAGCGCCACCUCAAAACGCGUACGCCGCUGGACAGCCUGGAAGUUAUCCCCCUCCCUCCUCGCAGGCAUAUGCGAACAAUGUCCCACCGCAAAAUUAUCCGCCACCCCCAACAACUAGCGCGACUCAACCUCCACAACCUGGCUCUCAACAAAACACGGGUCCGCAACCUAAUUACGUUAACCAACCAAGUCCAGGUCCUGGCGCGACGCAGUACGGUCCCGCCUCUACAUCUCCACCAUUUAGCACUUCCUCUGCGAGCGGCGGCAAUACUUAUGCCCAAAGCAGUCAGCCGACAAGCACGCCGUCUGCCUCGACGCAGACGUAUCCGCCGAAUAGUGGUCCGCCACCGACGUCGCAAGGCGGAAACUACGCACCCCCGGUACCGCCGGCUCCCUCUGGAUAUCCCGUUCAUCAAACAUCACAUCCGACAUCGCACCCCCCGCAUCCACCGCCACCGCAUCAAUCACCACAUCAGCCACCGCACACCCCGCACCAAUCACCUCACCAGCCAACACAUCAGUCAUCCCAUCAACCACCCUCGCAUCAAUCACCACAUCAGCCACCGCAACAAUCUCAGCAACAGUCGCAAACAGCUCCGCAGACGCAACAGCAACCGUCUCAGAGUCCAGCUCCGAGUGGAUUUCAACCACCAUCUGGUCCACCGCAAGGUCCUGCCCCCCCACCAGGACCUCAACAACCUGCCUAUGGACCCACUACUACGCAAACAUACGUUCCACCGUCUCCAGCAGGGCAACCACAGAUUUAUAGUCCUCAUCCACCACAAGGAGGACAACAUUAUGGACAUCCUCAGUAUCCUCCUCAAAGUUAUCCUCCACCGCCAGCAGGACAAGGAUAUCCACAAUACCCACCACGACCACCUGGUGGACAUAUGCCUCCUCCACCUGGACCACAAGGACCACCUCCACCUAAUCAGUAUGGAGGUUAUGGUUAUCAGCCACCCACACAAUAAAAUACACCCAAUAACUCCCAAAAUAUAAGGUUUAGAUUAUAUGAUACUGAAAAUAUUUUUUGUUUUUAAUUACUUAAUUGUAUGAAUACUUUAAUAUACUUUCAUAAUGUAAGUUCGCAAUAUUAACUAAAUAUUGUGAAUAUUCAUAUUAAUAUUUUUGAACAUAAAAGGUUCAAAACAAAAGACGAGAUUAUAUUAAGAAAAGAAUUGUGAAGAACUUAAUAUAAUCUUGUACGUAAGAUUGAUAUAACAAGAAUUAGGACAAAAUUAUAUAUAAAUUAUAGAGGGUGCUCGAGUUGAAUUUAGAUUAAAAUUUUUUUUUACAAUCUUUAGUAUUUAUUUUUUUUUAUGUGUGGUAAUAAAAAUAAUUUAUAUAUAAUUUUGUUUAUAUAAUUUAUACAUAAUUUUAUUUUACAUUUUAUGUACGUAUAUAUACUAUGUCAGAAUAGCAAUUUUUUUAUUAACUAUAGAUCUCGAUGAAAUAAAUAUGCCAAAAUAUUCCAAACGA